AUGAGGAAACACAGAGAUCAAAACAUAAAUUUUCCUCCCCCACACAUUGGUACAGUCCUUGAUAGUCACAGAAGAGACAUAAGCUUAAGAAGACUACAAGCUCCCACAUCCCUGCGGUGGAACAAACCUAGAAUGAACAAAACUUUGGCUUCUGAUAGGAUGCCUGUGGACAUUCCUCCAAACCAAAACCAAAGUACCCUAUUGGGAAAGACAGAAAUAUCUAGUACCCUGAAAUAUCUACUAGACAAGCUGCAGAAAUUCCUGAAGGAGAAUCUAGAAGCACUGGGGGUGGCUCAGAUUAUGAUUGGUGUGAAAUGCUUCUUUUAUGGGAUAAUUGGAUUUCUUCCUCCUAAUUCUGAAAUGCACAGAAUCAUUUUCUUCUCAAUUUACACAGGCUUCUCCUUCUGGGGGGCAUUGUCUUUUAUCAUUUCUGGAAUUCUGACUGUUGUGUCUGCCAAGAAGCAAACAAAAUCACUGCUGAGAGGGAAUCUAGGUGCUAACACUCUUAGCACCUUGGUCUCCUUUGUUGGGAUCUGUAUUCUGUCAUGCAAUUUAACAAAAAAUGGCCACUAUGAUUGCAAGAAGGAAACUCUCUGUUUGGGCAUCAAAUCAGUUGCAACUGGACUUGUGAUUGUCCUAAUGAUCCUAACUUGUCUGCAAAUUUUAAUUUCACUUCCUCUCUCCAUGCUCAACUAUAAUGUGAAUGACAAGGAUAUUCACUGGAUUUCUCUAUUGUUUCGCUGGAAAACACCUUCUGAAAGUAUUUAUGAAGAAGUGUUCCCUCAAACUUCAAUCAAUCAAGAACUUCAACGUAAGAAAGAAACAACUUCACGUUAUUCUGCAGAUACUAGCAAACAAACAUGA